AUCCUGAAACCUCGGAGGAGAGCCAAGAGAUGUACGUGUUACUCGUACAAAGACAAAGAGUGUGUUUACUACUGUCACCUGGACAUCAUCUGGAUCAACACACCAGAGCGUACUGUCCCAUACGGCAUGUCGAGUUAUAGAGGCUCCCAGCGGGAGCGGCGUUCUGCCAAGGACAGCGUCGGAGGUCAGCGCUGCGUGUGUGCUUUACACAACAACCAACAGUGUAAUGCUUUCUGCACUCAGAGUAGGGGGAGGUCAACAUGACUGUCCAUCGGGGCGAAGCUAAAUUGAUAUUCACUCAUCCCUUGGACUUCUUCUUCAUUCUUCUGUCUGGAGAAUCACCUCAGAGAAAAGGUUCAUGUCUAUUCAAAAGGAAGGCUGUUGGAAUUCCAUUACUGAGAGGGAGAAUUAAAGAGCAGAGAGAUUCGGGAAGUACUUACGCUGUCACCGUGAAAGCAUUACAUAACAGCACCUACUGUAAGCUAACACAUCUCUGAAGAAGCCAUGCAUUGACUGCCACUCUCAGUGAGACCACGUGAGUCACAUUCAGGUGAGAUGUCUGUGACGGUCGAAAUUAAGGACUGCAUCGACUUGCCACUUUGAACUGACUUCCAAAUCAGAUGUGCACGAUGGAGUUAAGUAAGUCACCACCAGUCACCAUCAUGUAAUGUGUUUAAAGGACUUUGCUAAAGUACUUCUUGAGCAAUCCAUUUAAAAAAAAGGCUGUACAGCAAACUCUAUAUUGCAACAUUGGCUUAUUCUAAAAAGUAUGUUCAUAUUUAAUACAGCCUUUCAUAGUUUGAUACACAAGUAUACGUUUCCUCAAGAGUAUGAAUAAUUCACAAAUAGGUAAAUUCCUAGCUUUCCUUGAGCAUAAAAUAAAUAUUGUAUUUCACAACUAACCAAAAGGUGUCCAUUUUAAAUAACACAGUAAUACACAUCCUACUGAAUAGUUGUGAUAAAGAGUAUAUGCAAUAAAAUAUUUAUUCCACUAACCAAAUGUUUUUUUUAUAAUACAUUCUCCAAACUGAAACAAAAAAGAAUCAAGUUUUCUUCCCAUUUCAAACCAUUGCGAGGUAAAAUAUCCUUAAUUUAUUCAUAACAUAAGCAGUGAAAAAAGGUAAAAUAGAA